AAAACCUAGCUACGCCCCUGGUGUAGGGUUCUAAAUUCUAUAGUAAGACUUCCGUUGAAUACUUUCAAAAUCAAAAAGUGUUUUUUCAAAGUGUAUUAUUACGAUCUGUUUGACAUCAUAAUAGAUUGUAGUGUGUUGGGGUAUUUAAUUGCGUCAUCAGCUGACUGACUACAGGUGUUCGCGGUUGCUAAGCAUCGCACAAAGAGCAAGGGGAACUUGUCAGUUAUUAGCAUCCACCGAGACUUUUAACCGUAACAUAGGCAAAAUUUGCUCCAAAGGUGAAAUACGUCAGAUUUAUACAGAUCACUGGAUCGUAAUUUGGACGUAAACUUCAUUCGGAAAUGGGUCGAGUGAGGCGUGACAGUGGUUUACCAAACAAACGAGAUACACCCGUGCUGAACAGACGAGACAAGCACAAGAGACUUUUGCCCAACAAGAAUUAUGAAGCAUUUUCAGAGGAGCCUGCGGUGGAUGAGAUGCAUGUUCCGAUUGUCAAACCAACCAAACCAGUGUUUCCUGUCCAAAGCAAAUCUGGGUUAUGCUUCAGCAGGCCUCCAUAUACUGAAAACCCCAGCAACAAAGCACCUGCUGUGCCAGCCACUAGGAAAUCUAGUUACAGAGUGUCAGCAUCAGGUCACCAAACAAUUCAAACCUCUCCUAGGAUAGAGGCUGCUAAACCAGGUGAAAUGCUAGUUAACGAUGAAGAGCAAAACAUGACAGUGACAUCGGAAAGUGUCAUGCCGUCUUUCAUGGAGUCAGACACUACUUUCAGCUGUGAUGAUGAGGAGGAUGAUGGUGAUGGUGAUGGUGAGGAUGAAGACUAUUAUUCCUCUGCCACAACUUUCAGCAGUCUUUCCUCCCCGGAGAUCAUUAGAAGAGAAAAAUAUGUGGAGACAUCAACUUUUCGUAUUAUUGAUGAGGUUGGGAUUCAUCUAAACAUAAAAAACUCCACCUUGCUUAAUGUGAGCAACGCUGAGACCAUACACAUGCAUCAGCCCCUAAACCUUUCUAGCAUCAUCGAUGUCUCUGAGAUUGUUGAUGAAAAGAACUGUGAGAUCAACCAAAACAAAAGACCUGAAGCUGAAACCAGAACACAUGUGGACUCAUUUAAAUCAGAGAAGGCCUUGGAGUUGAAAACGCCCCUAAAACUCAUCAACAGAAGGCCCAUUUUGUACAAGAAGAAGGUCUGGUUCAAAAGCCCCUUCAUUGCGGACACCUUUGAAGCAAAAUGCAUCCCAGGCACCAAAUUAACCAUUUACCGCGACAAUGAACCAGCCCCGACAUCAAGCCCGGCUGAGCAGAUUCAGCCGGACGCAGGCCCAUCCAUAGCCGGUGAUAUAUAUUUGAAAGAAAAGGCGUUAAAACAGACAGUGAGGUCGAAAAGGCCUGUAAUAAGUAACCUGGAGGAAUCAAAGUUCUUUGACUUUAUCAGCAGCAGUGAUAGGGAUGCGUUUUUUGAUAGAAUGAGAAUAAGUUGUGCCAAACUCAGAAAUGCACCUUUAUUUCCUCUCACAGCUCCUAAGUAUAUAGAACCUUCUGUUUUCUGACAUCUAAAGGCAAAACAAUGUUUGUAAUGAUUUUGGCUUUGUUCCAUUAUCAAUAUUUACUGUAUAGAGGUAUGUAUGUGAACUAUCCUGUAAAAGAGUAGUGUGAUCUGAGUGUAUGAGGCUGUCAUAAUGUCUCAUAUUUUUUAAAUGUGAUGCACAGUUUAAAAAGUAGGCGUUUUGUUUUUUAUUGAAAGAUAAUAAUUCAAAAGGCAUGUCACACCAUGCCAUGUAUUUAAGUGCCUGCACAUCAUAUAAUUUGUGGACAUAGUGAGUGUGACUUUUUUUUAAAGUUUCCUUUCUUCUCAACCUUUUCCUUUUAUUACUUUGCUACUGUAGCCUACAAACCUCGACACGUAUACCACUGGUUAACUUUUAAACUCUGCAGUUCUAAGUAUCUGUGCAAAUUGACCACUAGAUGUCAGACCUGUAUUUUCUUAAGACUCCUUUCCACUGCUCCUUAUAUUGGUUGUUUUAUAUUUUAAUAUAUGUAUAUAUGUUGUUUUUGUUUUGUUUGUUUUUUUGUGUUGAAUCUACUUUUUACUUUAUUUGCUAGUGCUACAAUUUCAAACAAAAAAUGUAAUGUAAGCAAACAUUUUAAUGUAAGUUAAUUUGACUUUUUGGUGGUCUACAUUUUGAGUCAAUGACUGCCUGCUAGUGUACACGCUUCCAAUCGUCAAAAAAAGCAACAAUUAAAUUACUGUACAAUAAAUUAAUACAUAAUAAUGA